AUGUUCGCCCAACCGUUCGAUCAUUCGUUCAAUGACUUGUUCAACCAAUACGUCAACAUGGAUUCUUCGGGUGCCGAUGGCAAGGACACCUCGUUCUCCACCGACUUCGACCAGCUCUUCCCGCUGGACUCCCUAUCCAGUGACUGUGGCGAUCUCUCCCCCACUGUCUCCACCUCCAAACGCCAUCAUCAAUCACCGCAACCCUGGACCAAAGACUGGUCCCUGCAGGACAGCUCCGUCAGCGAGCAGGUUGCUUUUCAAGACACCGUCCACCCCUCUGCUAUUUCAGACCGCGGUUUGAAUAACUUCGAGGUCUCUUCCCGCCCUACUAUCACCCAAACUCUGUCCUCCGGUCAUCCCUCCGCUUCCCCGUCUACUCCCCCGGCUACCCCUCAGCGCAAAGCGAACAAAAGUGCUCUCGUUACUCCCAAGUCUAUUCGCCAUCGGGAUCCGCAUGAGCGCCGUGCGCUUCUGCGCAAGCAAAGCUCCUCCCCUAGCUUGAUGCGCUCUUCUAUCCACAAAGGAAGAAUGGCGUAUCCGGAGGCCUGGGCCCAAAGAAUCCAGAACUUUACUCUCGCUAGCUCCGAUGAUCGUCUCCCUUUGUCUCCCCCGCCCUCAGACGUUCUUAUCCAACAUGAAAGCAUGUCCGCAGACACCACCGCUCUGAACCACCCCCGAGAUUCGGCAGAGAUGCCUCCUCAAUAUGAUGCACGCCUUUUCCACCAGUCCCCUGCAGUCUCCAUGCCAUCUCCUUCUGCUACUGCACUGGCUCGAAACCAGCAGCAAUACAUGAGUCAUCCCAGCUCGUCGGCUUUGACCAACUCCAGCCCCCCAUCUGCAGAUGACAUCUUCUCCUCUUCACACUCCUCUGAUCCUCAAUCCAUUUCUUCAUGGCAAUCAGAUGCUCUGUGCACCUCUCUCUCCUUCACCCCAGAUCUUCAAGGUCAUGAUGCUCAAUGGUGGUCACCCAUGCCUUCGCGGGUCGCCCAACAACAGACCAACUACCAAACAAUGGUCAACUCCCCUGCCCCUCAGCGCUCCAUGCAGAGCGUCGGAAGCCAGGAUAUGAUGCAUGGCGGAUUGAUGAUCCAACUGGAUCCCUCAUUUGAUAUGUCUGGCGACUCCUCUCUCUCCUCCAACAUGCUCUCCACGAACAACCAGAAGUUCGUCGCGCCCUUCACUGCUCCUCACCUCCACAACACCUCUCGCUCCCCCUCACUGUCCCCCAAGGCUGGCACUUCACCAAAGGAUACACGAAACGGUAUUGCCAAGGGGACUCACCGCCGCACUCACAGUCGCAAGCUUUCUGGCCAGAGCAUGACUGGCCCCAAGCCGGCAAAGAGCUCCACUAGCCCACGUGGCUCAAACAAGUCUGUCAGUGUGUCGUUUGUGAAUUUCACUGCCAAUGACAGCCAAAAGAUUCUCACUGGUGUCGCUCCCUCUGGUAGCUCCAAGACAAAGGCCCGCCGGGAGCAGGAGGCUCGGGAUCGACGCCGAAAAUUGAGUGAGGCAGCCCUUCUCGCCGUACGCAAUGCCGGUGGUGACGUCGAGGCCUUAGAAGCUGUUCUAUGUUGA